AUGGGAGGCCGGACUCCGCAUCAUUCCCCCAUGUGCUUAGUGGAUCAUCGGCAGCUGCAGCAGUUGGGUUUGGAGGGGGUUGGGGAGGGGACAGGUGGGGCAUUGGCAGGCCAAUCUGAUCGGUCGAAGGAAAACGGGAAAGGGAACAUUCUCUGCACCAUCCUGUCUAGCACCUGCUGUAGUAGGAGUGGAUGUGUCACGCUUCACUUCAAGCUCGCCCUCAUGAUCACCCUCGCCCUCGCCAAUCCUGCCGCAGUGCUCACCGUCACGCUUGCUGUAACGCUCGCCGUCACGAUCGCCGUCACGCUUGCUGUAACGCUCGCCGUCACGAUCGUUGUCACGCUUGCUGUAACACUCGCCGUCACGAUCGCCGUCACGCUUGCUGUAACGCUCGCCGUCACGAUCGCCGUCACGCUUGCUGUAACGCUCGCCGUCACGAUCGUUGUCACGCUUGCUGUAACAAUCGCCGUCACGAUCGCCGUCACGCUUGCUGUAACACUCGCCGUCACGAUCGCCGUCACGCUUGCUGUAACGCUCGCCGUCACGAUCGCCGUCACGCUUGCUGUAACGCUCUCCAUCAUGAUCGCCGUCAUGCUCGCUGUCACGAUCGCUGUCACGCUCGCCGCCCCGCUCGCCGUCAUGCUCAUGCUCUUUCACUUGCAAGUGAUCCUCGUCGUCUACAGCUUCAUGCUGUCGUGUUGCCCUGGUCGCCUGUUGUUUCCCUCUUUUCCCUUUCUUGGCACCGCGUUUAGCUACAACACAUAA